CCCUCCCUCUCUCCGUCAUCACUCACACACAAACCGCUUCUGGAAUUUCACCCCCCGCCGCUUCAAUUCAUUCUGCGAUCCACUUUCAAUCGCUCCCCUAAAAGACCUAUAUAAUAAAAUAGGGAUUGAUAGUUUGUGAAUAUGUCAUCUCAAUUAACGCCUUCUAAGAGGCCACAUAAUCAGAGUGGCUCAGAGCCCAAUGGAAAAGGAAAGUUGCAGAAGCCAGCCUUUUUCACUUCUCAAAACGCAUCAUUUAAAGUCACUCCAGGAAGCCUUGUUUUUCGUGUGCUUUGUCUGGCUAGCAAAAGUGGAAGCGUUAUCGGAAAAGGGGGCAACAAGAUAUCACAAAUACGCCAAGAAUCUGGUGCAAAGAUCAAGGUUGAGGAAACGAUUCCUGGUUGCAAUGAGCGGGUAAUUUUCAUAUCAGGAUCCGGGGAUGAGAAUGGAAUUUCUGAUGAUCCGAGCAAAGAUGUUGCCGUUGAAGAAAUUAAAGAGAUCAACGAAAGUAAAGAAGCUGAAAAAGAUACUAAUGAUGCAGAAAAACAUGAGUCUGUUGCGGGGGAAGAUUUGCAAUCUGAAAAAGAUGUUUCUUCUGUGCAGAAGGCUUUGAUGCUUGUGUUUGAAAGAAUGGCGGAAGGAGACUCAGAAACUAAUGGUGGGGAUGAUGUUCAUAAUAAAGAGUUUGUUAUAAGGUUACUUGUCCUUUCUUCUCAAGUGGCAUCCCUUUUGGGAAAAUCUGGUGGUCCUAUCAAACAAAUGGCUUCUAAAAGUGGUGCACAAAUUCAGAUUCUUCCUAAGGACAAACUUCCCUCGUGUGCAUCUUCUUCUGAUGAAUUAGUUCAGAUUUCUGGAGAAGUGAACGCGGUUAGAAAAGCACUUCAAUCUGUUUCACAACAUCUUUUGGAUCAUCCUCUUUGUGACAAUGAAUCUUUUUCUGCCAAUAAUAGUGGGCAGUCUCAUUCUUUUGGCGGUUCUCUUUCUCAGCAAGAUGCAUAUCCUUCUUUUCCUCCUCAAGGAGGCCUGUUGCCCGCAGGGUCUCGUGAUGGUGGUAGUGGUACUUUUGGGGGGCGUUUUGGUCCUUUCACGGACAUGUUAACGUAUCGUUUGAUAUGCCCUGAUGAAAAAGUGGGUGGUGUAAUUGGAAAAGGGGGAACUAUUGUGAAGGCACUUAAGCAGGAGACAGGAUGUGACAUUCGAGUCCUUGAAAAAAUACCUGAAUCAGAUGACCGGAUCAUUGUCAUAUCUGGACCAGCGCAUCCAGAGGAACGGAUAUGUGCUCCUCAAGAUGCAGUUAUGCGUGUUCAAACAAGGAUAUUUAGGGCUGCACCUGAAAGCAAGGCGAUGACAGCAAAAGUCAUAGUUUCUGCACAUCAAAUUGGAUGUAUCCUUGGCAAGGGCGGUGCAGUUAUAUCUGACAUGAGAAAGUCAACCGGGGCUUAUAUCCGUAUUUUGGGUAAGGACCUGACUCCACAGUAUGCUGCUGAAAAUGAGGAAGUAGUUCAGAUAAAUGGUGACUAUGAAGCAGUUCAUGAGGCUCUUUUUCAAGUAACCACAUGCUUGCGGAAUCACUAUUUCCGAGAUGCAUUUCCUGGUUUCCAAGAUCAUGGCCCACCAUUUCCACCAUUCAUGGGAAGGAGGGAACUUUCGCCAUCAGGAAGGUUUUCCUCUUUUAAUCGGUUUGAUGCCGGGCCCCCUCCACACGGUGGGUUUCAUCCGCAUGAUGACCGACCUCCAUUUAUGCAUGAUCGACCGGACUUUCCCCACCCUAUGUCUGAAAGAAUGCCAUCUUCUGCACCAUGGGGUCCUCAGGGUUUGGAAGGUGGUGGGCCUUUAGGGUAUCCUGAUUUUGGAGCCCCGCAAAGGAGAAUGGGUGGAUUUGUAGGAGGAAGUCACCAAGCUAUAAUUACAAACACUACUGUCGAAGUGGUUGUUCCUCGUAGUGUUGUUCCUUCUAUAUAUGGAGAAGAAGGUGGAUGCUUGAAACAAAUCCGAGAGAUUUCUGAUGCCAAAAUCACCAUAACCGACCCAAAACCUGGUGCUAAAGAAACUUUGAUUAUAAUAUCUGGCACACCAGAGCAGGCUCAUGCAGCACAGUCUCUUAUUCAAGCUUUUGUGAUUUGUGAAACUGAAGGUUCUUGAUGUUCUGUUGUGGUUUGUUUGCCCACAAUCUGCCAGUGAUCUCUUUUAGAGGAAUGGUGGUUGUGCAGUGCAGUUUUGUAGAACGAAAAAAUGUUUCUGUCGUCUUUUGAUAUUUUGAUACCAAGUUUAGUAUCAAAUGUUAGGAAGAUAUGUUAGAAUCAAAUGGCUGAUUUUGUAUUUAUCAAGUUUUCAAGUUUUAGAACUUAACAAA